CUUCCGGCCCGCCUCUCGAGGCAGGAAGUGCCGGGCGCCCGCCGUCGCGCCGCAUCCCAGCUCUUCGCCGUCGCCGUCUCCUUGCGCAGGGCAGCCCGGCUCUGGUGUCUGGCGACGAAUUAAACAGCCACCAUGUCAAGCAAAAAGGCAAAGACCAAGACCACCAAGAAGCGCCCUCAGCGCGCAACAUCCAACGUGUUUGCCAUGUUUGACCAGUCCCAGAUUCAGGAGUUCAAGGAGGCCUUCAACAUGAUUGAUCAGAAUAGAGAUGGCUUCAUCGACAAGGAGGAUUUGCAUGAUAUGCUUGCUUCUCUAGGGAAAAAUCCAACUGACGCGUACCUUGACGCCAUGAUGAAUGAGGCUCCGGGCCCCAUCAAUUUCACCAUGUUCCUCACGAUGUUUGGGGAGAAGCUGAAUGGGACAGACCCAGAAGAUGUCAUCAGAAAUGCGUUUGCUUGCUUUGAUGAAGAAGCAACAGGCACCAUUCAAGAAGAUUACCUGAGAGAGCUGCUGACAACCAUGGGAGAUCGGUUCACGGAUGAGGAAGUGGAUGAGCUCUACAGAGAAGCCCCUAUUGACAAAAAGGGGAAUUUCAAUUACAUUGAGUUCACGCGCAUCCUUAAACACGGAGCAAAAGACAAGGAUGACUGAACGAACUUAAGUUAAGCCUUCCAAUUACCUUGUCCUACACUAUUUUAUUUCCAAGACACUUUCCCCUCAUAGAUCCUGUUUCAUGCAUGCACUUAGCUUCACAGCUCUGCCCUUGUUUUGGAUGUAUUUAUUCCAGACCUUUCUGCCACAUAGCACCUGUAUAAUCAGGCUGGGAAUGGGGAUGAGGUUGUAAAUUGUACUGAAAAAGAGAUUACGAAUAAAAAUCGACAAAUGUGAAAUCCCAGGAAAAUAUAUCCGUAUUUCUGGUUUUGCUGGAUUUUUACAUUUUUAUGUAAUAAAAAUGUUAUUUUGAAAUAAAGAUUAUGCUGACUCAGAUGGAAUAUAAUGACAAGUUAAAUAAAUGAAUGGUAGUUGGGAGUA